AUGAUUAAUCUACAGGAGUUUAUCAAAUCUUUUAACGCCCAGACGCAGUAUCAAACCGGGAUGGUGGUGACAACCGUCAUCACUUGUUAUAGCGAUCGGUCGUUUAGUUUCAGCGUAAAGUCCCCGCCUGCCGCAAUCUUACUCAAAGCCGCAGCAAAGAUUGCCAAAGGUUCUGGUGAACCCAAUCGGAACAAGGUUGCUUCCGUUACAAUGGAGCAAAUCCGAGAAAUCGCGCAGACGAAGUUACCUGACCUAAAUACCACAGACUUAGAGGCAGCAAUGCGGAUGGUAGAAGGAACCGCUCGUAGCAUGGGGCUGACGGUUAAUUAG